GACCAUCCUGAAGCCAAGCUUUGAUACGAUUUUGCUCCCAUUCCCGAUCAUCCACCUAACAAAGGGAGAUAUGAAAUCUCUGCCGGUAGUAGACUUUGCCAUUCUCAAGAUGCCCGAUGCCCUUCUUGGUGCGGGCAAAAAGUCUGUACGAGGGACAUAGAUUCCUUUUAAAAUCUUGCUGCGACCUUCAAAUCAGAAUUGAAUGCAAGAGCGAAAUGUUUACUUGCUCGUCAAGUCUUUGUGCCAUGUGGGAAAUGCGAGCAAUUUAGGAAAUAAUAAAUUGCACGGCAACGCUUUUCCAAUUUCUAUUGAUAAUCUUGUUUGUUUGCUUGCUGCGUUUGUUUAAUUCCUUUUUACGGUUUAGAAUUAAUGUACUUGUCGAUGAAUAUGAAUAUAUCCUAGUGUACGAUAUGUGGGUGCAGCCUCCGGUGACGACGUUGGUUCUGAGGUUCAGUGGCAGUGGCCUCCACUGCAAGCGAUGUAUCCAGAAGAUUCGCAAGAUAAUCACAAAAACAGAAGGGCUUCUCAACGUGGCCAUCAACAGGUACUUGGAUACGGCCACGGUAAAGGGGGUGGUCAUGGACGCCAAGGCACUGGCCGAGAACUUGAGGGACAAGAUGAAGAGGGAGGUGAAAUCGUUCUGCCGAAGAAAGAGAAAAAGGGCGGCGAGGCCACGGACAAGGAAGGUGGCGGGAAGAACAAGAAGGGCGGUGACUACCACAAGGCGGCAGAGAUCACCGGCGGAUGGGGGAAAGCGGAAAGCCAGAGGAUGGAGUUUCAACGGGCAUGCGGCUAUGGUCAUUGUGCGUAUGGGGAGCGAACGCGCUCCUAUGCACCCAUCCCAUAUGCUUAUUACCAGUAUGACAGCCAAUUUUUGAGUGACGAGAACCCAAAUGCUUGCUCUGUCAUGUGAGGUAAGCAAAAGAAUUAGCGUAAAUAAGAAGAGAGGAUGCCGUAGACAGUAAAACAUUGAUGAGUUAAGGGGUCUUUUGAGGAGGUGAAGAUGCGCCUGAUCAAUGUCACGUUGGUCAUAUGACCAAACUGUUGCCACUUCCUUUUCCUUCUUUGUUUUGUUUGUUCGUUUCUUUUUGCCUCUUUCCUUGUAUUGGCUGAGAAAUUGCAUUAGCAGGCAAACUACCCUUAGAUCAGCUUGUUGGUCCCGGCUGGACCUGAGCAAUGAGCAGUUAUGGACUCUUCUCCCUCCCUCCUCCCCUUCCCCCCUCACAUGUCUCAUCAGCUUUCGCAGCAACCUUUACUGCCUUGAGAUUCCAAAGCUCUUGUUUUUCCCUUCAUUAAUUUCUCGUGUCUCAUAAAUUUUUUUUCCCUCUUUUUAUUUUGAAAUCAUUUUCUUAAUAUUCCUUUAUUCUAGCUUGAUGGUUCAUCUUCCUCUGCAAAUUCGAACCUCCAACAGCUGAAGGGCCUCUCUCUUCUCCUAUAUUUUUUCUCCUCCCUAUCAUUCUUUAUAGGCGUCUUUCCUGGUUCCUCAUAAAUCUUCCUUUAUUAUGGAACAUGUUUUUUUUUGGACGGAUGCCAAUCCUAUCUUGCCCCCUGGUUCUCUCCUCUUUCGGUUGAUGAUUCUGAUUUCUCAAAUUAAAAAAAUAUUUAAAAAAAUCAAGACUUUAUCCCACUUCUUUGAUUCCUCUUCGGCUCUAUUUCUCUUGCAAAUUCCACACCUUUCCUUCGUUAUAUUUAGAAAACUCCUCAAAGCCCUGUCUUUGUACUGAAUUUGGUUUUGAGUUCUUGAACCUCGUGAUUCACAUGCCAAACCCUUCAAUUCCCAACAGACUAGCUUUUUUUUUUUUUCAAGAAAUCUAUCUUUUUGCUCAUCACCCUCUUCUUGAUGUUUGAGAUCCAUCUCUCCAAUUCUCAGUGAGAUCCUUCUCCGUGGGUAUAUUCCUCUUCAUUCAGGCGCAGGACCCACCCGGUUCAAUCCUUCUCAGUUGUCUCCCUCCAAAGGCUCUAUUGUGUCUCAUGCUUCAAGCCUCAAUUCCUGCUAAUAUAUGUAUGAGCCCUCCAAUCUGAAAAAAUCUGGACAUAUAUCAUCUGGGUCUUGCUUUAAUUUCAUAUUCUCCUCAAUUAAUUGCUCUGAAAAUGAGAGAACUUUCUGCACUGAGCACAAGAAUUUCACAGUGGCAUCUCCCACUAGGACAUCUUCAGGGUCAUCCCUGGUACGGGACUAGGCCUCCGAGGAAGACUUGCGGGUUGUGAUGGACCAAAGGACGAGGAAGUAGAUGAUCUCGAACUGCAAGUCCGCACGGCGGUCCGGAUGAGGAAGCAUAAGCACCUGGACGAUCUGACGGCUCAGGUCGCUCAGCUGAACAAGGAGAAACGCCAGAUCAGGACCAAAAUCAACAUCACCACACAGCAUUACUUGGGCAUCCGGGCGGCAAACGCGGUGCUGAGAACACAGGUUGGAGUCACUGCAAUUUCUUGAAUGUCAGCAAUGGAGUCUUUGGAUUCGGUGUUGCCCACAACGGCCCUAUUGAGCCAGUUGAUGAGUCCUUGAGCUUGAACCCAUUUAGUCUUGGCCUUAGCAAUCAAGCCAUUAUGGCUUCUUCAGAGAUGUUUCAGAGUGCUGAUAUUAUCUUCUUUCAUCAUUUUUUGGCCUAAAAAAAUGGGAGGAAGACAAGAUUUGUGCAGGAAAUGAGUGGAUUUUUGGGGGGUUAUUUUGGUUUUGCGCGAUGAAGUAUGUUUUAGUAUAUGGAUAUAGCUGAACGCCCUCGUAAUGGAAGUGGUACUCUCAGCUAUAUGAUGAUUAUGUCUCCACUGUGUUUAUCAUACAUAAGCAAGUUUC